CUUCUGGUUGGAGAUCUCGUCACAUGGAUGAAUGUCUACCCUGAACUCAGAGAACGCCACCACGCUGGAGAGCGCCAUGCAGUUGAUGAUCCAGACCUUUCACAAGUACUCUGGUAACGAGGGGGACAAAUACACACUCAGCAAAAGUGAGCUCAAAGAUUUGCUUACGCAGGAGCUAGGAAACUAUCUGGGGAACGCACAGGACAAGGAUGCUGUGGAGAAGGUGAUGGGUGACCUGGACUCAAAUAACGAUGGCGAGGUGGACUUUACAGAGUUCGUCAUCCUUGUCGGUGCACUCACCGUGGCCUGCAACGACUUCUUCCAGGAGUACAAUACAGAGAAAGGUGCUAAGAAAGAGUAGAUGCUGUG